CUCCGGCCACUGGUGCGCCGGGCUGGUCGGCGGCGACAGGGACCGCGCCAGGCGGGCCCCGCGGGCUGCGCGUCGCCAUGGGCUCGGGCUGGAGCAGCGAGGAAGAGCGGCAGCCGCUGCUGGGGCCCGGGCCCGGGUCCGGGCCAGGGGCUGCCUGGAGAAGCCGGGAGGCGGCGGCGGCGGCGGCGCUGCCCGCGGCUGUCCCUGGUCCCGGGCGCGUGUACGGGCGCCGCUGGCUGGUGCUGCUGCUCUUCUCGCUGCUCGCGUUCGCGCAGGGCCUGGUCUGGAACACCUGGGGCCCCAUCCAGAACUCGGCGCGCCAGGCCUACGGCUUCUCCAGCUGGGACAUCGCGCUGCUCGUGCUGUGGGGGCCCAUCGGCUUCCUGCCCUGCUUCGCGUUCAUGUGGCUCCUGGACAAGCGAGGUCUUCGGAUAACUGUGCUUCUGACAUCCUUCCUGAUGGUUUUGGGAACUGGCCUAAGAUGCAUACCUAUAUCAGACUUAACACUUAAGAGAAGAUUGAUCCACGGAGGACAGAUGUUAAAUGGACUGGCAGGUCCCACUGUGAUGAAUGCAGCACCGUUUCUCUCUACAACGUGGUUUUCUGCAGAUGAACGGGCCACGGCCACGGCUAUUGCUUCAAUGCUCAGUUACCUUGGUGGAGCGUGUGCAUUUUUAGUUGGACCACUUUUUGUUCCAGCUCCCAAUGGAACCUCGCCUCUUCUUGCUUCAGAGAACAGUAGGGCUCAUAUUAAAGAUCGCAUAGAGACUGUAUUAUAUGCAGAAUUCGGAGUUGUCUGCUUAAUCUUUUCCGCAACACUAGCUUACUUCCCACCCCGCCCUCCCCUGCCCCCCAGCGUUGCUGCAGCCAGCCAGCGGCUGAGUUACCGGCGGAGCUUCUGUAGAUUACUAAGCAAUUUGAGAUUUUUGAUGAUUGCUUUAGCAUAUGCCAUACCAUUUGGUGUAUUUGCUGGCUGGUCUGGAGUGCUGGACUUAAUUCUAACACCAGUACAUGUCAGCCAAGUAGAUGCUGGCUGGAUUGGAUUUUGGUCCAUAGUUGGAGGCUGUGUUGUUGGGAUAGCUAUGGCAAGGUUUGCUGACUUCAUCCGGGGCAUGCUAAAGCUGAUCCUUCUCCUCCUGUUCUCUGGGGCCACGCUGUCGUCCACGUGGUUCACUCUGACCUGUCUGAACAGCAUCACACACCUGCCUUUAACCACAGUGACACUGUAUGCCUCCUGUAUUCUCCUGGGAGUGUUCCUGAAUAGCAGCAUACCUAUAUUUUUUGAGCUUUUUGUGGAAACUGUCUACCCAGUUCCAGAAGGGAUUACUUGUGGAGUUGUCACUUUUUUAAGUAAUAUGUUCAUGGGAGUUCUUUUAUUUUUUCUCACAUUUUAUCAUACAGAGUUGUCUUGGUUCAACUGGUGCCUUCCCGGGUCGUGUUUGCUCAGUCUCCUCCUCAUUCUGUGCUUCAGGGAAUCCUAUGACAGACUCUAUCUCGAUGUGGUUGUCUCCGUGUGAUAGCACAGACUUGAAGGAGUUCAAAAGGAGACUGGAAAUCAAUACUGCACACUGCACACCUGCUUGGAAUUGCACUCCUAACGGGGAGAAAAAGGAGAAGAAAGGAGCUUCGUUCCGAGGUUUUGUUAGGUUUCAGAUUAUCGCAUUAAUUUAAUUACUACUAGGUAAUUCUCUGCAGGACCUGAGUGGGUACAGCGGAUUUUUAAACUCCACAGGUGGUGUGCCCGUGGCCGACUCUGGGGUAGAAAUGUGAUGAUGUGUUACACACAGCACUACCCGGGUCACACCCUCUGUGUCUUGUGCCAGUGCUAAACUACUGAUGAAUUGUAAUUAUGCAAAGAAAUAAAGGGCAUCUGUCACAGGGAGAUAACUCCUUCCGGAAGUCAAGUCAGAAUAGGAAGAAAUGCCACUAGCUUCUAAGGAAGUUUAAAGCAUACACCAGAUUUUAAUCCUAAAAUAUCCCAGCAGUCUAUCGAUGGUAGAAACUAGCCACGUGUACACUACAUUUGUUUUCUAAUAAAGCCAUUUCUUAUAUGA